AUGUCUGAGAACAAGGAAUUCACCUUCCAGGAGGUGUCCGGCCACAACACCAAGAAGGAUCUUUACAUGGUCAUCCACGAUAAGGUCUACGACUGCACCUCUUUCGUCGAUGAGCACCCCGGUGGUGAGGAAGUCCUGCUCGACGUUGGUGGUCAGGAUGCCACCGAGGCUUUCGAGGACGUUGGUCACAGUGACGAGGCUCGCGAGAUCCUGGACGGUCUCCUCGUCGGUAACCUCAAGCGCGUGCCCGGCGACCCUGCUCCCCGUUCUCAUGCCCAGGCUGCUACCAACACCGCUUCCAGCUCCGGCUCUACCGGCCUCGGUGUUGGCCUCUACGCCUUCCUUCUCAUCGGUGGUGCCGUCGCCUACGGUGCUUACCAGUACCUGAACGCCGCUGCUGAGGCCCAGUAG